CGCUUCCGGUGUCAGUGCGCAGAUGCGCUUCGAAGAGCUCAGAGCCGAAACAGAACGCGACCAAACAUACAGAAACAGGCUGGGAAACGACACGUUAGGGCGGAAAAGAAAAGUGCGCGUGAGGGAGAAGGUCUGCGACACGGCAGCAACCAUGGUGGGCGAGCGCCGCAAUGGGAACCUGCUGGUCCAGCUCGGCCCGAGGCUGCAGGCGUAUCCAGAAGAGCUGAUUCGCCAGCGCCGCAUCCACGACGGUCAGACGGAGUACCUGAUUCGUUGGUGCCUCGUCACCAUCGAUGAUGGGUCCAGUUCUGGGGGCGGAGCCAGCGAGGCUGGUGGGACAGGCAGUAGCAGCUCUGGCGUGGGCGGGUCCAGCAGUUCCUCAUCUGGAGAAUCCAAACCUGAAAACAUCCUGAUGUGGAUGUCGACGGAGGAUGUGUACGCCAACUGUCCCACCCUCCUGGGAAAGAGGAAGACGGACACGCAGCGCCCCCUGCAGCAGCAGGAGAAGCAGCAGGAUGGAGAGGUGGUGGACGGAGGUCAGAGGAGCGGCGAUGAGCUGCCGGCAGAUGUCACCUUCGAUGAGGUGGAGCUGUCGGACAUGAAGGAGGACGUUAAGAACCUGGUGUGUCGAGCCAGGAAGCAGAUGGCCAAGAAGAGCGACUUCUCCAUCAACAUUAUGCACACCAUCCACGUGCUGAGCGCCUACGCUAGCAUCGGCUCGCUGGUCGGUGUCUUCAAAGAGACGGGCGCCCUCAACCUGCUGAUGGAGCUGCUGUGCAACAAGGAGACUCAAACGAGGCGCAGCGCUGGGAAGAUGCUGCGAGCGCUCGCCUCCCAUGACGCAGGCAGCCGAGCCUACGUCCUCCUGUCUCUCAGUCAGCAGGACGGCAUCGAGCAGCACAUGGACUUUGAUAACCGCUUCACUCUGCUGGAGCUGUUCGCUGAAACCACAUCGUCAGAGGAGCACGGCAUCUCCUUCGAGGGAAUCCACCUGCCUCAGAUUCCCGGGAAGCUGCUGUUCUCUCUGGUGAAACGUUAUCUAUGCGUCACAUCUCUGAUGGACAAACUCAACACGGCCGGGGCGGAGUCCUGCUCUGACAGACAGGAUUCCAGCCCCGCCCCUGCUACGUUCUCUAGCUCCGCCCACCAGAUGGAGCUCCUUCGUAUCCAGCGAGAGUUUGACUUCACCAUGGCCAUGGCCAACCUGAUCUCAGAACUGGUCCGAGUGAUGGGCUGGGACCGGAACCGGAAGCCCCCUGACGGCUCCGCCCACCACUCUGGAGGAGGUGUGGCCUGUGGUGAGGAGCAGGGCGAGGAGGUGUGCCGCCCUGUCCUCAGGUCCAUCUUCCAGCCUCGGUUCUGCACAUCACCCGCCACUCUCAGCACCAGCUCCACCAUCGCGGCUCCGUCUGCCACGCCACCAAAGAAGAAGGUGGGAAACGGGUUCAAGACGCGCUCCGACUUUGGCAGCCGCACGGCGUACGUGGAGUACAUCCAGGACAGUCUGAAGAGCGGCAUGAUGGUCCGCAUGCUGGAGGACUACGAGGAGGUGAGCGCUGGAGACGAGGGAGAGUUUCGCUAUAGCAACGACGGGUCGCCGCCGGUCCAGGUGUACUGGAACUCCUUGUCCAGGACUUACUGGGUCCACUGGCACAUGGUGGAGAUUCUGGGCAACGGCAGCAGCAGCCAGUCUGAGAAGGAGACGCAAGAGAAGGCCUCAUCCCUGACAGAGACGCUCAAACUCACUGCAGUGAGCCAGACGUUCUUCUCGAAGCCUCCCGGGGGCCUGUACUCGCUGCCGUACCUGUCGGAGGGGCUGCAGGUGGAGCCGGCGGCUCUGAGCAGAGCUGAGUGGUGGGAAAUCCUGUUCUUCAUCAAGAAACUGGAACCGAAGCAGCAGCAGGAGGUCAACGACAUCCUGCUACAGAACCUGGAGGAGCAGGAGACAGAGCUGGACGACUCAACUUUAAUCAGCCUGUCUGUCCCCGGAGACGUGGCCAAGAAACUGCUUCACUACCUGAAGCAGAAGCUGCCGUCAUCGUGCCUCAGUGACCUGCUGUGCUCGCACGCCUUCUGCAAACAUUACCUGAGGAGAGGAGGAGGAAGUCUGGAGGAUGAAGAACUGCUGGCUGAAAGCUCUCUGGGUUCUUCCGGUCUGGGUGGAGGAGGAAGUCAAAGCUUCUCGUCUUCAUCGGCCACAGCCUCAUCUUCCUCAGCGAUGGGCUCCGUCUCUAAGAAAGCCAAGAAAGAACUUCCUGUUGACUCUGGCGGCUCGGAAACGGAGAACGAGCUGCCCACAGAGGACGACAGCAAGUACCCCGAUGACCUGAAGGACAAAAUGAAAGCGUACAACAACCCACGGGUCCAGGGGAAGAAGACGCUCCUGGAGAAACUGGGGGAGGUGGUGGACAUCCUGAAGAAGGGGGGGUCCAGUUCUGACCAGGCCCAACAGCUGGCCGCCAUCCUCUUCAUCACCAAGCUGCUGGAGGAGAAGAACGGGCAGGAAAAGAACUCGAUGAGAAGCGACUCUGCUCAGACUGUACGGGACAAGGUUCUGAAGCUGCUGGUGGAGCUGCUGAGCUCGUCCUCUAAAGACGUGGUGGUCAGCACGCUGAGGCUCACGCACCUCCUCAUGCUGAAGUAUGAGUGGAGGGUCUCCUUCGCCACGGAGGGCGGAGUCAAAGCCAUCUUGUCCUGCAUGCAGGAGUUCUGCUCCAUUACUCACGUGCAGCAGCUGGCGCUGGCGACGCUGAAGGUGAUCACCGGAGCCGGCAAACACGACCUGCGCAGUGUUGGCAGCAGUGUCCCGCUUUCAGAGUCUGGCACACAGAUGAUGCUGGAGAUUUUCGCCAGCAUUGGCUCGGCCACGCCCGAAGGCUCCAAAGGCCUGCUGGCUGCCAUCCCUGCCGCCAUCGAGCUCAUGCUGAAGACCAAAGGCUGCAUGCUGUCAGUGCGAAACGGGCUGCUCGUCAUCAUCAUGCUCAUCUCCAGCCACAAGAGCCUGGCGGAGCAGCUGGUGGCCUGCAGCGUCACCGCCGUCCUCAAAAAGUGUCUGGCAUUGUCCAGAGCCGAGACGAUGCUGGCCAUCAUUGCCCUCAACCACAUCUCCAUGGUCCACAAGCUGGAGAGCAAAGACUGUCAGGAGCAGCUGGACUUUAAGGACACGGAGCUGCAGAUGUUGGUGGUGAGUCUGAAGGAGCUGACGGCAACUAAAGAGGUGAUCCAGACUCUGGAGCAGCUUCUGUGUGAUGACACCUCUCAGCUGGAGGAGGAGCGCAGCCAGGUGACCCACAGCCGGGACACCUACCAGGACCUGGUUCGCCUGAUGGAGCAGCACAGAGCAGACCGGGCUGUCCAGAUGUCCAUCCUCAGGAUCCUCAACAAGUUCCUGGACAAUUACCAGGAGGACGAGCUGCCGUGGCACGAGAGCAUCGAGCCCUGCCUGUCCACCAUGGCGGCCUUCAUCAAUGACAGAGAGGUGGUGCAGCUGUUCAUCCGCUUCCUGUACCGCCUGGCCUCCCUCAACAAAGACUACGCUGUGGUCAUGUGUCGUCUGGGGACCAAAGAGGCUCUGGUGAAAGCUCUGGACAAACAUAGCACCAACCUGCCUCUGGUCACCGAGCUCAGAGACCUCAUCACUGACUGUGAGAAGUACGCCAGCCUCUACAAGAAGAUGACCACAAGUGUCCUCGCCGGCUGCAUCCAGAUGGUGUUGGGUCAGAUCGAAGAGCACCGCCGCAGCCACCAGCCAAUCAACAUCCCGUUCUUCGACGUGUUCCUCCGGAACCUGUGCCAAGGUUCCAGCGUGGAGCUGAAGGAGGACAAAUGCUGGGAGAAGGUGGAGGUUUCGUCCAAUCACCAUCGAGCUAAUAAACUGACCGACAAGAACCCCAAAACCUACUGGGAGUCAAACGGUUGCACCGGGUCGCACUUCAUCAACAUUUACAUGCACAAAGGUGUCAUCAUCAGACAACUCGCCGUCCUCGUGGCGAGCGAGGACUCCAGCUACAUGCCGGCCCGGAUCCUGGUUCUGGGAGGAGACGACCCUACCAACAUCAACACGGAGCUCAACACGGUAAACGUUGCUCCCUCUGCCAGCCGGGUGGUUCUGCUGGAGAACAUGACCAGGUUCUGGUCCAUCAUCCAGAUCAGGGUCAAGAGAUGCCAGCAGGGUGGGAUCGACACCCGGGUCCAUGGCUUCGAGGUUCUGGGUCCGAAGCCCACAUUCUGGCCCGUGUUUAAGGAGCAGCUUUGCUGUCGUACGUACCUGUUCUACAGCACCAAGGCCCACACCUGGUGUCAGGAGGUGGUGGAGGACAAGACGCAGCUUCUGCAGCUCUUUAACAAGCUGAACAGCGCUCUGAGACACGAGCAGAUGUUUGCCGAUCGCUUCCUGCCGGACGCCGAAGCAGCCGAAGCUCUGGGUCGGACCUGCUGGGAGGCUCUGAUCACCCCCAUCGUCCACAGCAUCACGCUGCCAGAAUCCUCGGCGUGCAGCCCUCUGUCCUGGCUGCUCAGCGAGUACCUGGAUAACACCGAGUCGGCUCGCCGCUGCAAGAACCGGGCGGCCAUCUUCAACUCCAGAGUGCGACGUCUCACACACCUGCUGGUCCACGUGGACACGAGCUGGCUGGACUGCGAGGAGCUCAAACCGCCCGUCAAGUCGAAAGGUCUGAACAGAAGCAAAGAGCUGAAGAACGGUAAAGAAAGUAAAAACAAAGACACCGCCGCUGCCUCCUCUUCCUCCUCAUCCUCAGUCAAGCCCAAAGUGAAAAGCAGCAGCAGCAGCAGCAUCGCAGGCAUCGCCCUCUGUUGGCAGGGAGUGGUGCAGCGGCAGGUGAAGAAGUUUCUGGAGUCCAGCUGCAGUUUACCAGACUUUGUGGAGCGUUACCGGACUCUGUACCUGCGGCUGAAGAACGCCAUGGAGGAGCUGUUCGGACAGCAGACCGCCUUCGUCCUCGCCCUGAGACACGGGUUUUCCGCCGCACUGCUGCAGCUGUCCAUUCUCAGAGCCAUGCACGUUAGCGAGCGUUUUGCUCAGUACAUCGAUCAGAUGAUCCAGGCCAGCAGAGCGACAUCUGGCAGUGUGGAGACUCUGGAGCGGCUGCAGCAGUUUCUGGAACCGAUGCUCUUCCUGUCCGGCCUGGAGCUCGCCAACACCUUUGAGCACUUCUACAGGUACUACCUGGGCGACCGUCUGUUAGCUCAGGGGAACGUGUGGUUGGAGAGCGCUGUGAUCGAUCACAUCGGAAGCUGCUUCCCGAGUCGCUUCCCUCAGCAAAUGUUGAAGAACCUAAGCGAGUCCACUGAGCUGCAGCAGGAGUUCCACCUGUACCGCCUGCAGCAGCUGGACCGGCGCCUGCAGGAGCACGACCAGAUGAUGGAAGAGGAGUGGGAGGAGUCAGAGGAGGAGGCAGAGGUUCAAGUUCUGGUUCUAUCUCCACGCUGCUGGGCAGUGUCUUCGCUUUGCUUCCUGGAUGAACCAGCAAAACAUUUUCCUGCUGAACUCUGCUCCUACCUGAACCAGUUCACCCAGUUCUACAUCCACAGUCAGUCCAUGUACGGCAUGAGUCACUCGAAGCCUCGCCGGCUCCAGUGGACGUGGCUCGGUCACGCAGAGCUACAGUUUGGCUGCUGGACGCUGCACGUGUCCACGCUGCAGAUGUUCAUCCUGCUGCAGUUCAACAGCCACGAGGAAGUCGGAGUCGAGAGUCUGCUGCAGGUAACUGGUCUGUCGGCCACCGUCCUGCUACACGCUCUGCAGCCUCUGAUAAGUGCCGGAGGACCUCUGACCUGCAGCCAGCCAGACGAUCCCAUCCGAGGUGUUCUGCAGUUGAACCAGCAGGUGGUAUCCUGCAGCCUGGAGGGCGCCCCAGCUUCUGUCCAGCUGCUUCCCAGACAGACGUACCUAAACGUGGACGAGGAUGCUUCCAGCACGCUGGAGAGGAAGAGGAACUUCAUCUAUUGUCUGAUCGUCCACAUCAUGAAGAAGGAGAAGGAGAUGCACAUUGACAACUUGGUUUUCAGGGUUCUGGACUCGUGUCAGAAGCAGGAAUCUUCUCGGUCUCCGGGUGCCGGCCGCUUCAGCUGCAGCACCGGCGAUGUCCUCUCCUGCAUCAUGCACGUCAUCAGCAAAGGCUGCAUCUGCCGCAACGAGGAGAACCCGCACAUCGUGGAGUACGUCCCCGAGGACCCGUCCACGCCACAGAAAGGCCAGGCCCAGUUCUCCUUCAGCCGCACCGACUCCAGGAAGGACGCCGCCGCAGACAGUCUAGCCGACAUCAGCUUGGUGCCAGCACCGCGGCGGUUUGAGGACGGUGUUCUGGAUGCGGUUCUGUUCUCGAUGGGCCGGACCAUGACUCAGGAGGAGGUUCGUCAGCUGAUGCAGAGGACGGUGCAGCAGGUUUCUGCUACUCUGAGUCUGGACCUGGACCGGGCCGAGCACCUUCUGAUCCACUGCAAGUGGAACGUGGACCUGCUGGUGCAGCGCUACACCGACGACCCCGACACCCUCAUCGUAGCUGCUGGGCUGAAGUGCCGAAACCCACAGCCGCCGCCUAGCCCCGCCUCCACCUGUCCCGUCUGCCUGGGCCCUCGUACCGGCGGCCUGGAACCGGUGCUGUCGCUGAGCUGCAUGCACUACUGCUGCCGGUCGUGCUGGCAGGAGUACCUGACUGCGAGGAUCGAACAGAACCUGGUCAUGAACUGCAACUGUCCAAUCACAGACUGCCAGGCUCAGCCCACCUCCCAUUUCUUCCUCAGCAUCCUCACAGACAAGGACACCAUCGCCAAGUAUGAGAACGCGCUGCUCCGAGGUUACGUGGAAUGCUGCUCCAACCUGACAUGGUGCACCAACCCUCAGGGCUGCGAUCAGAUCCUCUGUAAGGAGAACAUGGGCAGCAUGGGCACCUGCUCCAGGUGCUGCUGGUCCUCCUGCUUCAGCUGCAACUUCCCCGAGGCCCACUACCCAGCCAGCUGCAGCCACAUGUCUCAGUGGAUGGAUGAUGGAGGUUAUUAUGAAGGGAUGAACAUGGAGGCGCAGAGCAAACACCUCGCCAAGCUGAUCUCCAAGCGCUGCCCAAGCUGCCAGGCCCAGAUUGAGAAGAACGAAGGCUGCCUGCAUAUGACCUGUGCCAAGUGUAACCAUGGUUUCUGCUGGCGCUGUCUGAAACCCUGGAAACCCACCCACAAAGAUUACUACAACUGCUCCGCCAUGGUGAGUAAAGCUGCCCGGCAGGAAAAGAAGUUCCAGGACUACAACGAGAGGUGCACCUUCCACCAUCAGGCCAAGGACUUUGCCAUCAACCUGGAGAACAAAGUGUCAUCCAUCAACGAAGCCCUGCAGAUGAAGUCUCUCACCUUCGUCAUCGAUGCCUGUAAAGUCCUCGCUCAGGCUAGAAAGGUCCUGGCCUACUCCUGCGUCUACAGCUACUACAACCAAGAGACGGAGAAGAUGGAUGUGAUGGAGCAGCAGACGGAGGCUCUGGACCUGCACACCAACGCCCUGCAGAUCCUGCUUGAGGAGACUCUGCUGCAGUGCACCGACCUGGCAUCGUGUGUCCGUCUGCUGAAACCAGAACACCUGAACACUGGACUGGAACUGAUCCGACGCAUCCAGGAGCGUCUGCUGGCCAUCCUGCAGCACUCCACCCAGGACUUCAGGGUCGGGUAUCAGUCCAAAAGCAGCCAAGAACCAGAGUCCACCCAGACCCAGAGUCUGUCCAACCACACGGACAGCAACAAAGUGUCGAAGUCGGAGCGAGCGUCCGAGUCUGGAGACUCGGACAACAACAACUACACGGGCGAGGAGGGCGGCGACGAAGCGGAGGACGAAGACGAUGAGUACGAUGAGGAAUACGUCCCAGAGUGGCACGAGGACUAUGACGAAGAUGACAUCGACGAAGACGACUUCUUCUCGGAUGACGACGAGUCUGAGAACUUGGAGAGGGACUUCAGCCCCUUUGACUGAGACCGACCGAAAUUCUAAGAUGUCCCCUACCGGAAGAGACGGGAGGACAAAACCCCGCCCCCUCUUCAUCACCACGUCACGCCACGCCACUUUAGGACGUCAGGAACUGUGGGAGAAGAUCAGAACAACGUCCUCUUUCACCUGAACACCCCCACUCAUCCCAGCAUUUGCUUUCAUGUCUGAUUCUGUUUUAAUAAAGUCAAAGUACGGAAGAGGAGGAGGGACAAACCACGUUCUGAGGUCAAAAUUUAAGUUUGACCCUUAGAUUGUGAAAGUUAGAGUCUGCAUCCAUUUUGUUCUGAAUGUCACGUUUAAUUUUAUCCAUGUUGGUUUACUUUCUGAAAUGUGGUCUUGAAUCUAGUUUAAACAAAUUCUAGUACAGUCUAGACAGUCUAAUCUAGUUAAAACCCAAACUCCAGUUUAACCCUUUCUAAUACAGUUUAAAGCAUUCUAUUACAAUAUAAACUGUCUAAUCCAGUUUAAACCCAAUUUGAUCUAGUUUAAACCCAUUCAAUUACAAUCUAAACCCGUCUAAUUCAGUUUAAAUCAGUUUGGAACCAGUUUAAACCAGAACUUGGUUGUAAAUCAGGAUUAUAGAUGCAGUUAAAAUGUUGCAGCUGCGGUUAAAACCGAUCUGAAACCAGUUUGAGACAAGUGGGCUGUGUGAAACCUGUGGAACCAGGUUUUAAUUUUUUCUGCGUUUUAGAAAUUUCAGGACCUCAGAACGGGUGUGUUCUGUCGUCUCCUCCGUACUGACCAGCUGGACUUGGUUCUGUUCUCCAGAGGAUGUUGGUGUUUCCUGCUUCUGCUUCUUAACUGAGACGAAGGGCGGACGUGGCGGAAGGGGACUAAGUUGUCCCGCCAGCGUCCUCGUCUGGUCGCGGUUCUGCCUUGGUUUCUGUUUCUGACUUACGCUGCCUUCACCUGAACAAAGUUCAGAACCAGCAGCUCAUUUAGCUUCACUCUCUAGGCCUGUAUGUGUUGGACGAGUCGGUCGUUUCUAUGCAUCUGAGGAAACUGAUGCCGAGCGGUUACUGCAGAAUCCGAAGCAUCGCUGCAAUAAGUGGCCGUCGCCUGCUCGGUUCUGUCAGAACCAGCGUCUGGGUUUGUUGAGGAGUCUGGAGUAUCUGAUAUUCCAGCUCUGUGUUUUGCUGUAAUUUCGAGAGAUCCUAUAUUCAUAUUGUUGUUCUUAAAUGUUCUUUUUGGUUUCUUUUGUUGGAGUCGAGCGACUUCAACCAACAAAACAAAUAAAGCUUUUUCUGCGA